AGGGAUGCAUAUGGAUUCACUGUAAGGCCUCAGUACCUUGAGACAUUCAAGGAGUUUGAUAUUAUAUAUAAGAAUGAGGAAGAUGAAAGGGCAACAAAAUGGGCAGUCUUUCUUGAGCAGUAUUCCGAACUUGGUCAACCGAACUCAUCUACCAAGUCUGAUUCUGAAACUACAGAACAUAAACCUGAAACUAUCUUGGAACCGAGCGGAGAUGAAAAUGUUUCAAGUGACAACAAACCGACACAGGAUGAUCAAACCGAGAGUGCACCUGAAAACGUGGUCUCAGAGACACCAAAAACAAAGAAACCCGUGGUGCAAAAUUGGGCUGAAGUCAGAUCGUCUCUAAACGCCAUUGAGGAUGUGAUGUGUCGUCGUGUUAAAAAUAAGAUUAACAAUAAAAAUGAUCCAAAAAGCAGUCAUGAAGAACAUCUUCAAUCUAUUGAAGAGGAUGAACCUGCUAGUGAGGUUUCUAAAAAGGAGUUGGUUAGUAAUGAGGAAUUAGAUUUGUUUCCUUGGAAAGAAUUGGAGUCGCUUGUUCGCGGGGGCGUGCCAAGAGACCUUAGAGGAGAGGCAUGGCAAGCCUUUGUUGGUGUGAAAGCACGUCGGGUGGAGAGUUAUUACCAGGACUUAUUACAUGGCGGUGAUGCUAGUAGUGAUGGAAGCUCUGGGAGAGUUCCGGUUCCGGAAAUAUGUAAAAAACAGAUUGAAAAGGAUUUACAACGAACAUUUCCGGGUCAUCCUGCAUUAAACGAGGAAGGUAGAAACUCCUUGAGGCGCUUACUUUUAGCAUACGCUCGGCACAACCCUGCUGUUGGCUAUUGUCAGGGAAUGAAUUUUUUUGCUGCAAUGUUACUACUGAUGAUGCCCGAAGAAAAUGCCUUUUGGACUUUGGUUGGCAUGAUAGAUGAUUACUAUGAAGGAUACUUUACAAAAGAGAUGAUAGAAUCACAGGUGGAUCAACUUGUUUUCGAAGAUUUAUUGCGUGAACGAUAUCCUAAUCUAGUCAAUUAUUUUGAUCACUUGGGAGUACAGAUGGGAUGGAUCUGCGGACCGUGGUUUCUUUCCAUCUUUGUACAUAUGAUUCCAUGGGAAAGUGUUCUACGUGUUUGGGACGUGAUUUUAUUCGAAGGAAACCGAGCAAUGCUAUUGCGAACUGCAUUGGCUUUAAUGGAGCUCUAUGGUCCCGAGUUAGGUAACGCGAUGGAUGCUGGUGACGCUAUCAUUUUAUUACAAUCGCUACUCGGUUCAACUUUCGACAGCAGCAAUCUAGUUGUGACUGCUUGCAUAAGUUUCAUGGACGUCACAGAAGACACAUUACAGCAACUUAGGGCUAAACAUAGACCAGAUGUGAUAGCUGCAGUCGAAGAAAGACUUAAAGGGGAACACUUAAAGAAAAGUUCUAAAGGGCUGGCUAAUAAACUUUAUAGUUUCAAACAUGAACGCGAGCCCCUUACGCGUGAACUUAGUAUAAAACCAGGGGGGCGUGAUAAGAGAUUGGACAAGGAUUCUUCGGAUCUAAUGUCACCGCUUAAACGCGAUGAACCUUUUAAUACUGAACCCAUCAGUGCAGAAGUAGACUCUCUUCCAGAAAUUCAAGAUCAGGUUAUCUGGUUGAAGGCCCAGUUGUGCUCAAUGCUGGAGGACAAGAGAUCUGCUACAGUUAGAGCCGAGGAGUUGGAGACAGCACUUAUGGAGAUGGCCCAACAAGAUAAUAGGCUGGAAUUAAGCGCAAAGAUCGAGCGUGUGGAACAAGACAUGUCUGAGCUGCACCAACUUCUUGCUGAUAAGAAAGAACAGGAAAAAGCAAUGCUUGAGGUGCUAAUGAAAGUUGAGCAAGAACAGAAAAUCACAGAAGAUGCCCGUAUAUCUGCCGAACGAGAUGCAGCCGCUCAGAGAUAUUUAGUGAGCGUACUUGAGAAAAAAUAUGAAGAAGCUAUGACUUCACUUGCUCAAAUGGAAAAGCGGGUCGUAAUGGCAGAAUCUAUGUUAGAGGCAACGUUGCAAUAUAAUUCUGGCCAAGUUAAAGCGCAAGCAACGCCUUCAAUGCUGUAUAGGAACACUCAUCCCGAGUCUGCGAAAGACAACAACACAACAAAGAGGACAGGCAUACUUUCAUUCGGACUAGGUUGGCGUGAUAAAAACAAGGGAAAACAACCAAAUGAUGAAAGUAAAACCAAUGAGACAUCAGAUGCAAGUGAUCAAGAUUAGGUAUUCUUUCAUCAGUCAAUACAUAAGUAACCUUAGUGUAUUCAUCGACUUUCGGGUUUUAUGUCUUACUGAUUCUUGGAAACACACUAAUUGUGGGAUUGUUGUUUAUUGUUUUACGGGUGAAUACAUUACGUAGAUUCUAAA